AUGCUCCAGCUUGUAGUUGUUUUGCUAGUCCUCUACAUAUGCCACCUAUUAAGCAAGCACGGAGACGAGGCAGAGCGAAGGAGAGAACUGGAGAAAAAGCUUCACGAAGCGACCGAGAAUCUGAAAAGGUGCAAGGAGUAUGAGAGAAGCUACCACAAUCUGAAAGCCUCAUACUUGGACUUGCUGGACCGGGCGGUGGGGAAAAAGAAAAAGGGGGAGUAA